UCUUAUAAGUUAUAUCUCAGCAUUCACCACUUGCACUAAAAAGCCUCUGAAAGAAAGCUUGAGAACUCAACAAUGGAGCAAAAGGAAGAAGAUGUAAGACUUGGAGCCAACAAAUUUUCUGAAAGGCAGCCAAUUGGAACUGCAGCUCAAACAGACAAAGACUACAAAGAAGCACCACCGGCUCCUUUCUUUGAACCAGGAGAACUAAGUUCAUGGUCCUUUUACAGAGCUGGAAUAGCCGAAUUCAUAGCCACUUUCCUCUUCCUUUACAUCACUGUUCUAACUGUAAUGGGUGUUUCAAGAGCACCUAACAAAUGUGCUUCAGUGGGUAUUCAAGGAAUUGCUUGGGCUUUCGGUGGUAUGAUCUUUGCCCUGGUUUACUGUACUGCUGGAAUCUCAGGAGGACAUAUUAAUCCAGCAGUGACAUUUGGGUUGUUCUUGGCAAGGAAACUUUCUUUGACUAGGGCAGUGUUCUAUAUAGUGAUGCAAACUCUUGGAGCAAUAUGUGGAGCUGGAGUAGUUAAGGGUUUUCAACCAAAUCUGUAUGAAACUUUGGGUGGUGGUGCUAAUGUAGUGAAUCAUGGUUAUACUAAGGGUUCAGGACUUGGGGCUGAAAUUAUUGGAACUUUUGUCCUGGUUUACACUGUCUUUUCAGCCACUGAUGCAAAGAGAAGUGCCAGAGACUCCCAUGUUCCUAUUUUGGCUCCACUUCCAAUUGGGUUUGCAGUAUUCUUGGUUCAUUUGGCUACUAUUCCCAUUACUGGAACAGGUAUUAACCCAGCAAGGAGUCUUGGAGCUGCAAUCAUCUACAAUAAGGACCAUGCCUGGGAUGAUCAUUGGAUUUUCUGGGUUGGACCAUUUAUUGGAGCUGCUUUGGCUGCUAUGUAUCACCAGAUUGUCAUCAGAGCUAUUCCUUUCAAGUCCAGGGCUUAAUUUGAUUCUACUUUAGUUUAUUCAUCGAUCCUUUUCUCUUUAAAAUUAUGCUUGUUUUUUCUGUUGUCUUUAAUUAUUAUUAAGAAAGACUUGUGUUUGUUAAUUGAGGAUGUUGUUUGUUUGUAAAUUGAUCACUUAAUUGUGUAUUUGGAGUGUCACAACUAUCAUGAAUUAUUUC